AAUCAGCAAACUCGAUUGAGCUUCUACUCAGGAUCGGCACUGCAGCAAGUGUGUCGGGAAGAUAUGUGCCCGAAAGAGAUGUUCCCCUGCCUCCAUGAGCUUACAGUCUGGUUAAAGAGAGAGGGCACAAACAAAUGCCGAGUUAAAUAACCACUUAUUCAUGCAUUGAUUCAUUCACGCCUUCCACAAUGUGUAUUCCUAGCUGCCUUGCCCCCAGGCACUGUCCUAGGUGCUGGAAGUGAGCAGUGAAGAAGGCCCUGCCCUGGUGGAGCUUGCAUUCAAAAUACAGGCGUGAGAGAGAGGGUCAGAGAUGUUUAGAGACCUUAGAGCAUCUUCUGGCUUGAGGAAGCUGUCCAGUCUUGAGAUUCUGAAAAAAUGGAAGUUAGGUUCCCCUUCUGGACGAAGUGGGGACAUCUGAUUUUUGGCCUUUGGGUGAGAAAACAUCCUGGGCAGGUCAGUGGUAAAGCAGAGGAGAGACCUCUGAAGCCUUGACUUCCAGGCCAGUGGUCCACAGCACCUCUUUGAAGCACUCACAGGGCUGUGUGAUCGGAUGCUGCCUGCUGCUGUAGACCGUGAGGGUGGGAGGUUCAUGGGAGAACAGCUCAUUCCGGGGGUAGAAAUUGGACCUGGAUUGUUAGUUCCUGUGGGCAAGAUCUCUGAAUGUAACUCACGAGUAUAUACUUCCUGCUGACAGAGCCUUUCCCACAUAUGUGAUCUGAUUGGAUUAUUUCAUUAUUUCGACAGAUAUUUUUUGAGUGCCUACUAUGUGCCAGCCUGUGCUAGGCACUGGGGACACUGGUGGAAAAUUCCGACGUGUUCCCUGCUCUCCUGUGUGCAUCACCUUGUGAGAGUUAUGUCAUGCCCAGACCAGCAGAGGGCUCCAUGAGGAUUUAUAGAAGAUGCCCCGCGUCUCGGCGCCUUUGGUGCUGCUUCCUGCGUGGCUCGUGAUGGUGGCCUGCAGCCCACACUCCCUGAGGAUCGCUGCUAUCUUGGAUGACCCCAUGGAGUGCAGCAGAGGGGAGCGGCUCUCCAUCACCCUGGCCAAGAACCGCAUCAACCGCGCUCCUGAGAGGCUGGGCAAGGCCAAGGUCGAAGUGGACAUCUUUGAGCUUCUCAGAGACAGCGAGUACGAGACUGCAGAAACCAUGUGUCAGAUCCUCCCCAAGGGGGUGGUCGCUGUCCUGGGACCGUCCUCCAGCCCGGCCUCCAGCUCCAUCAUCAGCAACAUCUGUGGGGAGAAGGAGGUCCCUCAUUUCAAAGUGGCCCCAGAGGAGUUUAUCAAGUUUCAGUUCCAGAGAUUCACAACCCUCAACCUCCACCCCAGCAACACCGACAUCAGCGUGGCUGUAGCUGGGAUCCUGAACUUCUUCAACUGCACCACCGCCUGCCUCAUCUGUGCCAAAGCAGAAUGCCUUUUAAACCUAGAGAAGCUGCUCCGGCAAUUUCUUAUCUCCAAGGACACACUCUCCGUCCGGAUGCUGGACGACACCCGGGACCCCACCCCACUCCUCAAGGAGAUCCGGGACGACAAGACAGCCACCAUCAUCAUCCAUGCCAACGCCUCCAUGUCCCACACCAUCCUCCUGAAGGCAGCAGAACUAGGGAUGGUGUCAGCCUAUUACACAUACAUCUUCACUAAUCUGGAGUUCUCGCUCCAGAGAAUGGACAGCCUUGUGGAUGAUCGUGUCAACAUCCUGGGAUUUUCCAUUUUCAACCAGUCACAUGCUUUCUUCCAAGAGUUUGCCCAGAGCCUCAACCAGUCCUGGCAGGAGAACUGUGACCAUGUGCCCUUCACGGGGCCUGCACUCUCCUCGGCCCUGCUGUUUGAUGCCGUCUAUGCUGUGGUGACCGCGGUGCAGGAACUGAACCGGAGCCAGGAGAUCGGCGUGAAGCCCCUGUCCUGCGGCUCAGCCCAGAUCUGGCAGCACGGCACCAGCCUCAUGAACUACCUGCGCAUGGUAGAAUUGGAAGGUCUCACCGGCCACAUUGAAUUCAACAGCAAAGGCCAGAGGUCCAACUAUGCCUUGAAAAUCUUACAGUUCACGAGGAAUGGUUUUCGGCAGAUUGGCCAGUGGCACGUGGCAGACGGCCUCAGCAUGGACAGCCGUCUCUACGCCUCCAACAUCUCCGACAGUCUCUUCAAUACCACCCUGGUCGUCACCACCAUCCUGGAAAACCCGUAUUUAAUGCUGAAGGGGAACCACCAGGAGAUGGAAGGCAAUGACCGCUACGAGGGCUUCUGUGUGGACAUGCUCAAGGAGCUGGCGGAGAUCCUGCGGUUCAACUACAAGAUCCGCCUGGUCGGGGAUGGUGUGUACGGUGUUCCUGAGGCCAAUGGCACCUGGACAGGAAUGGUCGGGGAGCUGAUCGCUAGGAAAGCAGAUCUGGCUGUGGCAGGCCUCACCAUCACUGCUGAACGGGAGAAGGUGAUUGAUUUCUCGAAGCCGUUCAUGACUCUGGGAAUUAGCAUUCUUUACCGGGUUCAUAUGGGGCGCAAACCCGGCUAUUUCUCCUUCCUGGACCCAUUUUCUCCGGGCGUCUGGCUCUUCAUGCUUCUAGCCUAUCUGGCGGUCAGCUGCGUCCUCUUCCUGGUGGCUAGGUUGACCCCCUACGAGUGGUACAGCCCCCACCCGUGUGCCCAGGGCCGGUGCAACCUCCUGGUCAAUCAGUACUCCCUCGGCAACAGCCUCUGGUUUCCGGUCGGGGGCUUCAUGCAGCAGGGCUCCACCAUCGCCCCUCGCGCCUUGUCCACCCGCUGUGUCAGUGGCGUCUGGUGGGCAUUCACGCUGAUCAUCAUCUCAUCCUACACGGCCAACCUGGCAGCCUUCCUGACUGUGCAGCGCAUGGAAGUGCCCAUUGAGUCGGUGGAUGACCUGGCUGACCAGACCGCCAUUGAGUAUGGCACAAUCCACGGAGGCUCCAGCAUGACCUUCUUCCAAAAUUCCCGCUAUCAGACCUACCAACGCAUGUGGAAUUACAUGUAUUCCAAGCAGCCGAGCGUGUUUGUGAAGAGCACGGAGGAGGGAAUCGCCAGGGUGUUGAAUUCCAACUACGCCUUCCUUCUGGAGUCCACCAUGAAUGAGUACUAUCGGCAGCGAAACUGCAACCUCACUCAGAUUGGGGGCCUGCUGGACACCAAGGGCUAUGGGAUUGGCAUGCCAGUCGGCUCGGUUUUCCGGGACGAGUUUGAUCUGGCCAUUCUCCAGCUGCAGGAGAACAACCGCCUGGAAAUUCUGAAGCGCAAAUGGUGGGAAGGAGGCAAGUGCCCCAAGGAGGAAGAUCACAGAGCCAAAGGACUGGGAAUGGAGAAUAUUGGUGGAAUCUUUGUGGUUCUUAUUUGUGGCUUAAUCGUGGCCAUUUUUAUGGCUAUGUUGGAGUUUUUAUGGACUCUCCGACACUCAGAAGCUACUGAGGUGUCCGUCUGCCAGGAGAUGGUGACCGAGCUGCGCAGCAUCAUCUUGUGUCAGGACAGUGUCCACCCCCGCCGGCGGCGCGCCGGGGUGCCGCCACCCCGGCCCCCCAUCCCGGAGGAGCGCAGGCCCAGGGGCACGGCGACGCUCAGCAACGGCAAGCUGUGCGGGGCGGGGGAGCCCGACCAGUUGGCGCAGAGACUGGCGCACGAGGCCGCCCUGGUGGCCCGCGGCUGCACGCAUAUCCGCGUCUGCCCCGAGUGCCGCAGGUUCCAGGGCCUGCGGGCGCGGCCGUCGCCGGCCCGCAGCGAGGAGAGCCUGGAGUGGGAGAAGACCACCAACAGCAGCGAGCCCGAGUAGCCCCGGCGAGACAGACGCCUGGAGACAGGUGGAGAGGCCGGUGGGGCUGGGCAGGCGCUGCUAUCUGCGGGAGCCCGGACUUGUACAGCGUCCACACUUCUCUCUGGAUUUUGGAUCCAGUAACUUUACAAAAAGAUCAAAGAGCCUGACGCCCCAGCCAGAGACAGCGCCCUCGUCCGGGAGCCGGGUUCACCCAGAGACGUUGCACCCAAGUGGCAAAGGGACGCCCUCCCUCCCGGCCACCAGGACCCAUCCUCUCCCAGCGGGCCUUUCCCUCCUGCCAAAAUUACAGAGUCUGGGGUGGGAGUCCCUGCCCAGAACGCUCUGACGAAUUGGUGGCAUCGUCAGUUUAAUUUCCCCCUAGGAAGGGGCCGUUGUACCCUGGGUCUAGUUCUUACAGGAAAAAAAAAAUUAAACUCAACAGGGACGUUUUCCUUUU